AUGGAUAUGAACAGUCAGAAUGGAAGACACAGCCUGGAGAACCAGGGACACCAAAGCAAUUACGGGCCGCCUGGUACUGCAAUCAAACACCCGCCGCCUAGAGGACAGUCUCGAGAAUACCAGCCUCCUAGCCAGCAGGGCUAUGGUCCGCCAAUAAACGCCCGACAGCCCCCGCCGAGGGAGCAAUUUCGUCAAAAUCCCGAUACCAGACAGCAAGACCCUACUUAUGGAGGCUACAGCGGUGCGCCGAACCCUCGGCCACAAGCUCGCGGCUAUGCAAGCUAUAACGACGCGCCAAUCGGACAUGCAGACUAUGAGCAUGCGCCAAAUCCUAGACAAGCUCCUCCGACCGGCUUUGCUCCCCCUGGACGCAGCAUGACUCUGCCUUUCCGUGAUGCGAGUCGACAAAACCAGACGACUCACCAACGCGCCGAAACAAUGCCGUACAAUGGACCUGCAGGCCGGGCCGUACCGCAACGACCGUCAACGACAACGGGCACCAGGCCGACGCCACAACGGACAUAUCCGCAGCAGCAGCAGCCGCCGUCAUCCAACGUACCAUACGGGCCUGGCUACGAGGCAGGCCCCUCUAGCAACUCGGCCGUAUCUGUGACAGACGUGUACGACGACUACUACGAUUUGCAACACAAUAAUCAAGGCCCAAAUGCAGGUGAUGUGCCAAGGACUGCGCCCAGUCAAAAUGCCGCUAGAAGCUCGUACGAUCAACCUAGACCACGGCAGGAACAAUCACAUAGAGGACCGCAUCAUACGCCACGAUUGGCCCACGCCAAAUCCAUGGCAGAGAUGCGCGAACCACAGUCGGCAGUCUUUGAAAUGGCUGGUGAUAUUCCAUCUGUGCCACCCCUACCUUUUCAAGGCGGAUAUGAUCAAAGGAGUAAUCAGGGCUAUGAUCCGAGGAACAACCAGGGCCAUGCCCAAAGAAGCGACCGAGGCCAUGGCCAAGGCUAUGACCAAGGCUAUGAUCAGAACCAGAGCUAUGACCAAAGAAACAACGAGGGGUAUGGUCAAAGACACGACCAGGGGUAUGAUCAAAACCAAGGGUAUGACCAGGGAUAUGACCAGGGCUACAACCAGGGUCACGAUCAGAGUCAUGGCCAAGGCUACAACCAUGGAUAUGGUCAACCGAUUUCCUUCAAUGAUGCUCCUCCGAGAGGACCUAGCGCGCCACCAACGACUGGCCACGCUCCAUAUCUGUCUGAGUCGAGAUCUGAUGCUGGAGCACCACCCAUGCCGCCAAUGCUACAAAGAACCACGACCGAUAGCCUGCCAUCGCACCCGAUUCCUGUUCGGCCUGGACUGAUGCCCAAUUCUCUUGUUAAUCCUAGUGGAAAGCCACCCCCGGUGCGGCAUUAUGGCGGUAUUCCUCGGCCAGCCCAGUCGCAACAAUUUGUGCCGCAAGAGACGCGCCCACAAGACAGGAAUCAUGUUCCUCCUAUCCCGACCUCUGCGUCUUUGGAUCUGGCACAGAAAAAGGAGCCCGAGAAGCCGGUGACAACGCAGGAGCUGGAGCAGCUACGAAUGAUCAUAAGGACAAAUCCCGCAGAUCAGCAAUCCGCGCUGAGACUAGCAAAGCGACUGAUUGAAGCUUCUGAUGCUCUCGUGUCACAAAUACCAGAUCCUCGUGCGCGCGCCAAAGCCAAAGAUAGAUACUUGAUGGAUGCGCACAAGAUACUGAAGAAGCUGGCCAGCAAUCAAAAUGUCGAAGCCAUGUUCACACUGGCUGACGGCCUCGGGAGGGGUCUCUUCAGUGGUGAGCCAGACACAAAGGAAGCAUUCACUCUAUAUCAAUCGUCAGCUAAACUGGGGCACGCCGCUGCUGCAUAUCGCACGGCUGUUUGCUGUGAAAUUGGUCACGAAGAGGGGGGUGGCACAAGACGCGAUCCGCUCAAGGCGAUACAGUGGUACAAGCGGGCUGCGACGCUGGGCGAUCCGCCUGCCAUGUACAAGAUGGGUAUGGUGACACUGAAGGGGCUCCUCGGACAGAACAAGAACCCUCGGGAGGCUGUCGGAUGGCUGAAGCGAGCGGCUGAGAGGGCAGACGAGGACAACCCACAUGCGCUCCACGAGCUCGGUCUACUGUACGAAUCAGCACAACCGAAUGACUUGCUUAUUCGUGACGAGGGGUAUGCGCUGAGCCUAUUCCAGCAGGCGGCGGAGCUUGGAUACAAAUUCUCGCAGUUUCGCCUUGGAUGCGCCUACGAGUACGGCUUGCUGGGGUGUCCGGUUGACCCCCGACUAUCCAUCGUGUGGUACUCGCGCGCUGCUAUGCAGGAGGAGCACCAGGCCGAGCUCGCGCUAAGUGGAUGGUAUCUCACUGGAAGCGAGGGGGUCUUGAACCAGAGCGAUACAGAAGCGUAUCUGUGGGCGCGCAAGGCGGCCACAGCGGGCAUGGCCAAGGCAGAAUUUGCCAUGGGGUACUUUACGGAGGUCGGCAUCGGCAUCCCGCCAAACUUGGAAGAUGCUAAGAGAUGGUAUUGGCGCGCUGCAGCGCAAGACUAUCCCAAGGCGCGAGAGAGGCUCGAGGAGCUAAAGAGGGUCGGUAAAGCAGGACCGCCGCGGCCUAGAGAGCGCAUUUCACGGAGUCGCGUCGACCGACAAGAGGGAGAUUGCACGAUAAUGUAG